AUGACACAAACACAACACACUACUUCAACCAGAUCCAGAAAAGCGAAAGCCAUGGGACUGCUUACGAUCCCGGUAGAGGUACUGGACGAGAUCGCCGGCUAUUUAAGCUACUCGUCCCGGUUCGCUCUCUCCCUCACCUGUCGAGCACUUCAUACCUGGAUCGACAACCCAUAUUGUACUUCGAAAAAGCGUGACAAACUUCUUUCUGAACGGCUAUCACAGUCCCGAUGCCCUGUGAUCAAGCCCAAGGACCUGUUUGAAAUUGAGAUGUGGCCAGCAUACAUGAAACAAGACAAUCUCCAGAUGGCUCACGGCUACUUCGCCUGUGGGGAGUGUGUCAGACUCCGGCGCGCACGACACUUUACAAACGCCAUGAUGAAAGGGAAGAGAGGCAAGAUUGGGUCAGGCACCAUUGAGCAACGGUCGAAACGAGUCUGUAUCCAGUGUUGUUUACGACUUGGCCGGUUUUCCCCUGGAACAACCUUCUACUUUGGAGGAGCUGAAGUCCAUGGAUUUGGCAUCAUUUGCGCGAGAUGCCGCAGAUACGAAGGAUAUGAGGAUUAUCAUUGGAACAGAUCUGACACUUGCGGCGGAUGCUUGCUCAUGUAUGAAAUGCCAGUCAGGCACUACUCGUUGUACGAAAAGAGUGUAGAGGACUAUCUUGCUCAAGCUCGACACGUGACCCAUCUGGUGAUCAACCAAAAAACCGCCAGCAGCCAGAGAAGACGCGAAGAAGAAGCAAAGAAGCAAAGAAGCAAAGAAACGCAGGAGGAGACAAAGAGAAGACAAAAGACAACGGCUGGGGAUGCGAGUCUAAGGGCGACCGAGUCCCUCCUGCUCUCCCAUCUUCGCGUGUCCUACCCUGACAGCCGAAACUUCCCCCUUUUCUGA